AUGAGCGGCCGUGGGGGACGUGGAGGAGGGGGGCGAGGGGCAGCAGCGCCAGGUCGUGGAGCAGGAGGACGUGGGGCUGGAGGAGCCGCCGGUGGAAGGGCCGGCGAUGAUGAUACUUCAACAUCCAGUGCGCAAGAACGCUUCUUUCAAGACGUGAAGGUCAAGAUCGACCAGAGUAUCACCCACGAGGGAGGUGGUGUGAAAGGCCGGUUCCCGUUUGACAACCCGCUCGUCCGUCCGAAGUGCGCCACUUUUCAACCAUCACCAGGCCUACCGGAAGUCGACUGGUUUUAUCAGAAGGCGGUAUUGGUAUGGAUACCGGAGUUCUUGUUCCCAGAGCUCCAGGCAGUUCCUUGUCCGGGAUGUGGGGGCAAGGGCGCACCUGAUGGCUGGAACCCUAAGGGGCCACGCCGGGUGUUCAUGGAGCACGACGUGGCGUACAUCAUGGGGUUUCGGUACAAGUGUGCGAAGUGCGCGAAGUUCAAUCAAGGCAAGGAGGAGGCGGAAAAGCGCAAGACGAGCUUCAACGCGUGGGAUGCUGGGUGUCUCCAGCGUCUCCCGGAGUACAUCUCCAAGGAGUUCCCUUCCCUUCUCACCAAGCGAUCGGGUAUUGAGAUUCGCAUGGUGGACCGGCUUGCAGAUGAUCUAGUGCAUGGGAAGGGCUUCUCCGCUGCUGCCAAGAAUAUUUGUCAGGUGAAUGUGCAUUUUCUCAUCUGUAGCGUCUUAAAGAUAACGAAGGGCUUCUCCGCUGCUGCCAAGAAUAUUUGUCAGGCGCAUACGACCAAGUUCAUGGUGGACCAGCUAAAGUACACCUCUCUGGUCAACUCACGGCGGACCAGCUCGGGCAUCUUCCGCUCGGCCAACCACGCCAAAACUCCGGAGAGGUUCGGCAGCUUUGAUGACUCGACAAAGUACGGCGGUGCGGUCCCGUCGGAGCACUAUUUGCGGGACGUGUGGUGGUUGUAUUACUCGAAACUCCCUGUGCUGGAGGUGGAUGGCGUGGGUUGGACCCUGGAGGAGUAUCAGCACCGCUUGAUGCAGCGCUGGGACGGAGAGGUUUUGAGUGGGGAUGCUUCGUUCAAGUUUGCGAAGAUCAUCCGGCUCGGGGCAAGAGCGGGCGAGGAGCGCUCAAAGCCAGUGUACGGCUUGUUCACAGUCUUCAAUGAAUAUGAGCAGGUGGUCUGGCAGCGUCCGAUGAAGACGGGUGCCUUGAGCGAGCUGGUGGAGGAGUUGAAGCCUUUUUUCAACCGAUUCGUUCGCAAUGGCUUCAAGGUUUUUACUCUUUGGAACACAGAUGACUGCUGUGAUGACCGUCAACUGCUGCAACGGGUAUUUCGCGAGUUUGAGGAGGCAACGGGGAUCAGUCUUCAUCUGGAAGACGAGGUGGACGCCGGAGUUCAGUUGGAGCUCCUGCCACCGCUGGAUCUGGAGUUCACCCCUGCCAUCGUGUACGACCCGGAGGCGGUAGCCGCUGCCUGCGGCUCCCUCCGUCAGAUCAUCAGCCUAAAUCGAGUGGAGGGAAAGAUGGUGUGCGGAGCGGACGCAGAGUGGCAGUUUUCACCUCGUGGGCGGGAACCUGUAGCGACCUUCCAGAUUGCGGCUUUGAGGGGGCCGUCGUUCCUCUUCCACCUGCAGAGAGGGAGCUCUGGUUUUACGAAGGAAACAUUUCCCGCUCCCCUGAAGGCUCUUCUCGAGGACUCCAGCAUCAUCAAGGCUGGUGUUGCCAUCAACACGGAUGCCACGCAUAUGCUCAACGACUAUGGCGUGAAAAUGGCGAGCACGGUGGACCUGCGUGUCCUCGCCGUUUCCAGGUUGGUGGUGACAUCGUCUCGAACACUCGCCGGCUUGACGGCGUGCCUCGUGGGGAGGCAGCUGCCGAAAGAUACUGUUCGAUGCUCCCGUUGGGGGAGCCCUCGUCUGUCCGAUGAACAGCGAGACUACGCCAUCAGGGACGCCGUUGCCUCGGCACUCUUGUACGAGGCCAUCCACGAGAACAAGGAUCCGAUCACGUCCGUGCCUUCUUCACCGUUCGACCCGGCGAUCGGCUUGAAGGUGAGCGCCUUCGCAUUGUGCUAUCGGCCGUACUUUGAUGUGGACCGACAACAAAGAAUUAUGGCAGGUUCCAAAUUUGUGCUCAAACCCAAGCAAAAACGCUUGUCCUCGUUCUUUUGCCCUCUGCGCGUACUACAGGUGCGCCUCUACAACGCGAGCCAUUCCGCCUGCGUGGCGGGGUACCACCGGUAUCUCAAAACCCUCUUGGCGUACUUCUGCGCAUCUCCGGAGGUGUGCCACACGGUCUUGAUGGAGUUCAACCACCGUUGGAACAUCAGCAGGACAGUCGAGAACCGCGGCAUGUCAGCGGAGAUUGGGCGUUUCAGCCACCAGUACAUGAUCGACCACAUUCAGCGUGUCACUGCUGAGUGGUACCCUGAUCAGCCUCUCUUCUCCGGGUGGGUUGCUCCGGCGGACUUCGAAGACAGCGGCGAGAGGACAAACUUGGCAGCCAGCGUACUGACGUUCGAUGGCAAGCCGGCGGGGGCGGACAUCGAGGACAGCUUCAGCCCAGAGCCUUCCGACCGGGGUGCCACCAGCACCGACAUGAACGGCAGCGUUCACCACAGACUGCAUGCCGUCCAGCUGCUUCCCUCCGCUCGACACCUGGCGUCUCUGAUGCGCUUCUCGACCCCGGUUACGCCGGUCAGCACGCCUGCAGAAAAAGAGAAGUUUCGAAAUGAGAUCUUCCAGUACUUCCGACCAGGUGGCGGUUCAUCGUCUCGUGACCAUCAGAGGAUUGACUUCUCCAAAAUGGUGGUGGACUGGAACCGAUGGUGCCAGCGCAUCGAGUCGGGCCAGGAAGAAUAUGCGCCCAUUAACAGGAAGACGACGGGCCACCUCCAGAACUACUACGAACGAUUCACGAGUCGGACGAACUUCUUCAACACCCUUGGGCCCGUUCACGGACCGAUUGGACGGCUCACGGCGUCGCUGAGGCAACCCGAUGAUGCCGUCGGGUCCAUCCGCUCGCCGCAAAUGCCUGCCCCCAACCGCGGUGUCGGCGGACUACUGACUGCUUCCGCCGCGGUCGCGGACGCCGCGAUGGCGGCGAUGAGGGCGGCGGCAAGGGAGGGGGGGGCAGGCAGCGGUCAGGGCGUGGUUGUAGGGGGCUCCUCCGAGGAAGGAGGUGACCCGGUAGAGAGGUCGCCGAUCUCGGCUGGGUCUGGGUCUGGGGCGGCGGGGGCGGCGGGGGCGGCGCGGGCGGCUUUGCCGCAGUUCAGGGCCUGCACCGAAUGCGGACACCACAAGGGUGCAUAUCGUGCUGAACACCCUGGGAAUCGCCGUGGACAUAAGGCGAAAGGUUCAGCGCCCCAGCCCGACGUUGAACCGGCGAAAAAAUGUUCAGUGGACCAGAGCUUGCGGCGUCCAGAGUCGGACAAAGUCUGGAACCCGAAGCAAAGAAAGCGGACGUUUUUGCCCUGCCCGUGCGAUGUAUGCAAGGGCUCAUACGCACACGUGGAGGAUGGCGUUGGUUAGCCUGUACUGCCGGGUCGAGAAGAGCUGGACACAUAACGAAAAAUGUAAAUAUUUGCCUACCGGUUCAAAAGGUCGGUCGGUCAGUGAAAAGUGCACACUUGUAUGGCAGUCGCCCAGAAUUUUGGAUUGUCAAGGAAAUUACAAAUGGCCCACGAUUAAAGCAGCAGAUACCGCACAACGGCUGCCCAGGCGAUGUGUGUUAGUGUGU